CUCACGUGCUAGAGACGCACAUGCGUGGCCUCGCCAGUUUCACUACCAACUUCUCUCUGUAAACGCCGAAUGCAGCGGAGGGAGGACGCAGGCGUCCUAACGCAAUCACAAACUCCUCUUCUGCUUCCUCUCUCUCCGGGCGCAUCUCACUGUGUCUCAUCCCCCUCCUGAUGAUGACCUCUCGUGAAGACCAGCUCAGAGGCACCCUACAGGGCAGUCGCUCGAAGAGCAUUACACUACUGCAAGUGGCAACCGACAGCGCUGACAACAACUCGGCUACAGUUUAUCCAGAAAAUGCGCCGACGGAAGUUUCUUCCAAUAGUGAAACAGCAGAACUAGAGGUAUCGAUUCUAGACGAUGCGAAUUCUGCCGUCGGUGACCAAGGAGGUGGCCGGUCGGAAGGGGCGUGGUCGCCUUUGUCCCUCUCAUCACCGAGUUCUACCGGUUCGGGCAGUAAGUACGUUCACAUCAUACAGGAAAUAAUCGAGACUGAGAAGACAUAUGUUCACGACUUGAACGACGUCAUCGAGGGUUACGAAACUCAGUGCAUCGACGUUGACCUAUUCGAUAACGACGACGAUUUUGUGGCUCUGUUUGCCAACAUAGACGAGCUAUACGAGUUCAAUAAGUCGUUGCUACAGCAAUUACAAGAAGCCGACGGCGAUCCAGUCAGUAUUGGCCGCUGUUUCAUUGAGAAUGCACAAAAUUUUCGUCAAUACACAUUGUAUUGCACAAACUACCCAACAUCAGUGGCAGCUCUUGCAAGAUACACGCAGUCACAGAAUAAUAUUGCAGAUUUUUUCAAGGCAUGUCAGACAAACCUUGGUCAUGCGUUACCUCUUGGAUCGUAUUUAUUGAAACCUGUUCAGAGGAUAUUGAAGUAUAGACUGUUGCUGAUGCAACUUGUAAAAGAAAUUAAUGUAUCAAGUGAAGGAAAUGCAAUCUUAGAGGAAGCUUUGGCUACCAUGACGUCAGUAGCUGAGCAUAUUAAUGAAAUGAAGAAACUUCAUGAGUCAAUUGUAAGAGUUCAAGAAAUUCAGAGUCAAUUACGCGAUUGGAAGGGUGACGACCUGAACAAAUAUGGUCGUCUGGUUCUAGAAGAUCAAUUUCGAGUUAGUGGAGCUCGAGAUCCGAGAAUCUUUUUUCUCUUUGAGAAACUGCUGUUGGUCACCAAACGACGUGAAGAUGGCGAGUACUACUGUAAGAGUCACUUUGAGAGCAAUGACCUGAUGCUGACAGAGUCUGUUGGCAAAGAGCUGACAUCGUUUCAACUGUCUCAAUACAGCAAUGUGAAGAACGUGCUUACCAUACACACGAAGACGGUAGAGGUGAAGCAGAAAUGGGUGGCGACGAUUAGACGCUUGGUUAUAGACAGUUGGCCGGAUUUGCCACCGAAAGCAAGGAAAAUAGUGCUGGGAAUACAGGAAGGAAAAGAUGCUGUCCCUCCACCUCUUUCGUUUUCUCCAAAUGAAUUGCCAGUCCUAAAAAUUCCAAUUGGCAACACGGUUCGUCGUAAACUGGAGAGAUCACGUUCUACCAGACAGGAUAUUGAUAAACGGAGGCGAAAGAAAAGAGCGAUUUCAAUUCCAGAGUAUCUUCUUGCAUCAACGUUGCCUGGUGAUAUCUCUGAAUCUCGAGUUACCAAGAGAGAGACUUCCAAGUUAGAGGUCAUAACCGACGAUGACGUCUUCGAUCCUCGGCCCUCGGACGGUAGCAUCGAUCACGAUUUCUCUAAUCUUGUGUUUGAAGAUUCAAACGUGGGAGAAGGUGCUGUGACGCCUGAGACUAAAAUUCAUACAAAAGUGGUGGACGAGGAAGCAGAGGAGAUGAAGGAACCGACACCUCCGGUUGAUUGGAGAGUGAGAGACAGAGCAAAACGAGUUAAUAAAGAAGACCUUCAGAAAUUACGUGAAUCUCGUGCUGUCUUACGUUACCGCUCUGCAGAGUCUCGCAUGCGCGCAUACUCAGUGGGCGAUUUUGACUCGGUGGGCGAACAAGCAAGCGAGAAAGCUGAAAGCAUGUUUACAGACGAGCAAACUCAAACGAUAGCAGCAAUCGGCACACUUCCACGAGCUUCGGUGUCGCCAUUCGCACGCAAACCGGUUGUUAAGAAACGAGGUGAAGAGUCACCACUCGUUAGGAGGAGAAACGCUGCUGAUAGGAAGUUGUCGAGAAGAAAGAAAACGCAGUCGAUGCUCUACGUGGGAACGUCAACGGAAAGAGUGGAUGGCGUUGAAAACCAUUUUGAGAUGCGAUCGGGGUCGUUGGUCACGUGUGCUGGUGAUCUUGCUAGUGAAAGGUUUAGACCUGAUGGAGACGCAAGAAGUAACAAGAACAAUGGAGAGGAUAGUGACAACGGAUGGGACGUUACUAUUGUCGACGCCAUUUUCCAAAAAUACACCAAAUUGGAGGAUGAGCAGCUCUCGAACACUGAAGGCGGCGACCAAUCAGGCGAGCUUGACGAAGAUCCCUUUCUAUCUCCUAUCGCUCCGCACAAAUUGGAAGAGACCAGCAACGAAACGAGUCGGUCUGAACGUGUUAAUCCAAUAGAAAUAUCGCAAGAAGAGCAACUUGUCUCUAAUGGCUUUCACGAAUCUGUCAAUGAUGAAGCGAGUUCUGUAAGCGAAGUGGAGCAAUCUGCUGCAGAAAAGAAUGGGAUGGAACAGGAGGACGUAAAAGUAGAGAAUGAAGUGUCAAGGUCUGGAACAACAGAAGUGGCUGAGAAGACGGUCGGUUGGGAAACAGAGGAGUGGAACAAUGGCAAUGGAGAGACGUUUGUGCACGACGAGGCAUUUGCGUAUGAGACGUGUGAAGUUGAAUGGAGUGACAGCAGUGUGACGAAAGAGGAACAGAUAGAAAGCGGGAAUGCGACCAAAGAAAAGUCAGAUGAGUUGACAGUGGAAUCAUUACCAAGUACUGCAGUUGUCAUGGAGCCAUCCGAUGAGACAGUUGGAAGUUUGUCACAAGCAAAUGGUUUGCAUUCGUCUUUGAAUGACAUUUUGGAUACGUCCCUCGAACUGGCGAAAGAGGCAGAAAUGAGUCAAGAAAAAGUCUGUGACGAACGAGACGUAGAAACUGUAGACAUAAAGGACGGGAAGGGCGGAGAAGUGAUGAAUGUUGUCAUGAACUCGGAGACAAACAAUCUUGGCGACGCAGUUGUGGACAACAGUUUGGAAAUAUCGGAAAGUCCGGCAAGACGACAAGACGAAAAAGAAACAAGCAACGACGACAUCUCAAAGACGUCAGAAGUAAGAUCGACAUUAGUGCCCAAUGACGCGUUAGAGGCAGAUGAUAGUGAUGAAGCGGAUGGGAGAUCAGAAAUACGAGAGGAACAAGGAUCGGAAUUACAGCUGGAACCAGAAAGCAUAGCCGAUGUUGGUGAUGUGGAUGAUGCCAUGGCCGCUCUCAGUAACAUUCUACCGUCUCCAGCGACGGAAGAACAUGCAACUACACUUCGACCGAAGAAAGAAGAGAAACCGUUUGAUUCACUUUUAAUGAUGUCUCUUGAGGAAGCGUUAGAAAUGGAUCAAUUACCUCAUAGUGAUAGUGAGGUUACAGAAGCGGCGGCUUCAAGUUCAAGAACUCGAGCCACGGUGAAAAAACGCGAUAGAAGAAAAAGUAGUUCACUAACGGAACUCCAGGUCACUUCAGACAAGCAAGAGAAGGUUGCACCAGCAAAGUCAGACAAACCUCAUCGCAACCAGAGCGAGCCGACUGCGCAGAAAAAAGAGAGGCCUGCUACCAAACCGAAGGAGAAGGCGAGUGUGAAACAUAGUGACAAAAAUCCGCUUGGCAAAGUGAAAUUACUAGCAAGGAACUAUUCACGUAUGUUAAAAGGCAGAGUUCAGAGAACACAAUCAGCACAACCGUCUGAUUCUCCACUUGCACCAGAGUUUGUAAAUUUUCCUAAAAGGAAAUCUAACAGUGCUCAUAACUCGCCAGGAAUCGGGAGACGAUUGGCAGAAAUUGGACUCAAUAUGCAUGAUUUUGAAGAAUCUGCUGAUAAUGUUGACAUGCUGCCACAUGACAGCAGAAGUACCUUACGCUCUCGUCCGUCCAGUGCUCCUCAAACUCCUCAGUCGUCCCACAUCGAAGAAGUAAGUGACUCUACUAGUCUGAGUAGCGAGGCGAGCGGAGGACAAGUUCGAGACGAUGGUGUGGAAGACGAAGAAGGGAAGGUGGCUACUCCUGUGAGAGGAUGGGUUAAGAAAGUAGCAUCCAAAUUCCAAGCGAAAUAGUUUUGUUUACAGGCAGAGUUCUAUAUACCCUUUCUUGUUUUGUAUGUGUUACGAUCCUUCAGGAUUGUCGCUGGAUGAGUUAGAUACGUAACUUUCGUUUUGCUGUAUUGACGAUAAAUCCACCUCGACUUGUACAUAUUUUCUAAACAGCUCGUAUGAACUGAUUAACUGAGUGUUACCUUAUAUGUAUACAUGUAUGAUCAAACGCCAUUUUGUUAUUAAAUCAAGUACUUUUUCAUGUUGCAUUGUACAUAAAUUAGUAAGCGUUCUCUUGGCUUUACAAGAUAAUGAAACUGCUU